GUUCCUGGACAGCAGUGCGAAACCUCUCCACUUUAAUCGGGGUUUUAUUUUAGUUUUCUGUUUUUAUCAGCAUGAAAAAGACGCUGAUGUGUCGUAGAUGUGUCUCUGAGCGUUUCUGCGUGGUGUUUGGAUGAUCUAGAGUUGAUCAGAUGAUGGCCCCCUCUAAGAUGAAGCUGCGUGUGAGGAAGAAAGACAGUAGUGGCAAAUCUUCUCAGCGUUUAUUGGCUAAUGCUUCUCCAGACUCCAAAUGCCCCAUCUGUCUCGACGGCUUCAAAAACGUGGCAUCGCUGGACCGCUGCCUGCACCGCUUCUGUUUCCACUGCAUCCACGAGUGGUCUAAGAACAAAGCCGAAUGUCCUCUUUGCAAGCAGCCAUUCCACUCCAUAUUCCACUCCGUAAAAGGCGAAAAUGAUUUUAAGGAGUUUGUGCUACGGUCAGCGGAGAACGUAGCAGCUCCAAACGCCGCUGCAGUUGAACAUGUGCUCCGCCCCCGAAUGCUCCGAGGCAGAGCGAGGCGGAGCCACAGGUCACAACAGCCCGCCCCUUCCCCUACACUAGACGACGACGUGAUGCUUGGCGGUUUUUCUGACGCGGCACCACUUACCAUGAACCAAGACAUGGAGCAAAUGGUAAUGCAACUGAGAGCACGCAGACGGGGGAGGGGCGAGGGUCGGAGCCUGAGGCGUUUGCGAGACCAGGAUGUGGUGGCGUUCCGGCGCGCACUUUACAGGACUGGUGUACGUGUGCGGAACACAAGAGACGCGGGGAGGCAGAGGGACGUUUCGGCCGCGUACUUGCGACAGAACCCUGCGUGUUUGCACCGGCUGUUGCCAUGGCUGCAGCGUGAGCUGACAGUGUUGUACGGUUCGCACGGCUCACUGGUGAACAUCGUGCAGCACAUCAUUAUGUCACGCAUCACAAACUACAACAUGGAGGACUCGGCCAUCCGGGACGAGCUCCGCCCCUUCCUGCUGGCACGCACUGACCACUUCCUGCAUGAGCUGGUGAGUUUUGCCCGCUCGACCCUCAGCAUGGAGACAUAUGACCAGCAGGCCAUCUACGAUUGCCCCGCCCCCAGUUACGAGGAGGGAAGCAGCUCUGAUGACUCUGUUAUCGCCAUCUCUGAGGAUGAUGAUGAUAAUAAUGAUAGUGAGGACAAUGUCAUGGAGAAUCCAUCUUUUGUCCAGGGACUUCCCUCUGUUCCCACAGCAAGCGGCAUGGAAAGUUUACUGAGCCAGUCUAUGUGGGAUGACGAAACUCCUGGUCCCUCCUACACAACCCUCCUCCCCUCAUCCAGCCAAUCACAGGAUGAAGGGUUGGAGCCAGGCUCAAGCACAGCCCUAGCCCUGAGUGCCCUGGAAAUGACUGCCCCUUCAGUGAGUGCAACUGUCUCAGCAGGACCAGGUGAAGAUGAUGAGGAAGAGUGCCUGAUUGUGGGAUAUGUGAAGCCCAUGGCUGAACGGACACCUGAGCUUGUUCAGCUCUCAUCUGAUUCGUCUGAAGAUGAGCCAGAGGCAGCAGCUAUGGUUGCGAUGGCAACAGUAAUGAAACCAGAGACAUCCCAGGUGCUGGCUCCAUCACAGUCCCAUGAGGACCUGCUUAGCCCUGACUCCUCUCCAGGCCUCGCGCCAUCAUGCAGUCCCAACCAUAUACACUCAGACUCGCACAUCAAGGAAAAAGUCAUCCAAAGUUGCUCCCCAUCAAACCCUUGGCAUCAUACGCAUAGCCACCAAUAUCUGUCCAAGGAGAGUUCGCGCUCCCAUUCACACCAAAAUCAAGAAUGUUCUGGGUUCAGCAGUCAUAGGACACGCAGGGACCACUCACAUCGGUGGACAGACAGCAAGGAGAGGGAUGAGAGUUUGGAACGGCUGCAGCACGCAAGCAAUCAAGAGCGCUCGCCAAGUCAAGUGCAUUCGCACCGGAGCUGGUCCAGCCAGAGUCCAUCGGUGUCCUUUUUGAGUGGCAGCGAUUGCUCGCCCUCUGGAAACAGCACCAGCAGUGACAGGAGCCCGGAGCACUCUCGACAUGUGAGAGACAGAUACUCGCAAUCUCCUUCGUACUGGGAGAAAGAGCGCAGGAGGACAAGAGCAAGAGAAAAGACGACCAGGUCUCCUGAUUUGGACUCGUUUCUUGGUUCCCACCAUCACCACAGUCGCUCUCACGAGUCGCAGCGUUGUCAUAAACGUCGCAGACGGUCCGUCAGCAGCAGCAGUGACGACUUGCACUUAGAAAGAUCCCACCUGGACAAACCCAGUGGCAAACGCAAGUACAAAACCCGCCACUUGGAGCGAGCUGCCCAGCGGCAGCACAAGAAGGGAACUAAAUCCAAGGAAAAACGGCCUGGACACAGAGAACAACUGCGCAGCCGUGAGCAGCCACAAAGUCGGAGCCCAAGUGUGGAGAUUAUCUAUGAACGAAGUGCGCCUGACAUGCAGUGGUACCAGCAAAGGAAGCGUAAGCACCGAAAGAAGAGGAGGGAGCAGUGGUCACCCACUGUGAUCACUAUUGACAGUGACAGCGAUCGUACCAUUGACUGUCUGGACCGUGUCAAGGAUGUUAUAGACCAAACCACAGCAGGAGGUGAUGAUGAGCUGAGGGAAGAUAUGUUGCAGAACAAUAUUGGUGUGACUUUGCCCUCUACGAGUAUUUCUCUAGAGUCCUCAAGCUCAGUAAGCCAUAGUGAUUCUCCUGACCAUUCACUAAACCUGGAUGACUGUGUGGUGGAUGUAGUUGAUCAUAACAGUUCCGAUGCUCUUGAUUGCACCCAGAAUACGGACACAAAAGUUUUUAGCCCUCAAAGGGACCAAUCAGACGUAAGAGGAGAGGGCUUGGAAAACAAGGAUGAACAAGAGACGGAGGCCAACACGGCUAGCUAGAACUCAUACUAACGUACUUGUUACAGACAGUAAUUAUGCUUGUCUGAAUGCCUAGCCAGAAAUGUGUGUUGUUUUUUGAAAGACUCAAUCAGAGACUGCUUAAGAAACAUUUGCAAUGUUAUUAUUAUUGUUAAUACUGUAUUUAUAGGUACAGUAUAGUUUGUUUUCCUAUGACUCGAACCUGGUGCUGACUUGCCAUGCCAACUGCUCAAAAACCCAACAGUCUUGUCUAGAUGGUAACACUGAAGCUGCAAACUCAUGCUAGACUUCCCAUCCUUGAGGCCAAAGAAUACUUUGGGUUUCUACGUGCUGGUAUGUCUCGCGGACACAAUGCAUGUGACGUGGCGUAGAUUCCGGGGGGGGGGGGGGGAUUUGAUUAUUUGAUUCCCAAUAAUCAAAACAAGCAAGUACAACCCCCCCAUUAUUUCAAUGGAACCAUGAUCAAUGGAAAUACCUAAAUGCUUCCUGUGUCGCUGUGAAAAGAGUAUACUUUAAAGGCAUAUUAACAUUAAAGUAUACCCUAGCCUUGAGGGGUCAUUCAUACAGGACAUGCUACUGCGUUCUGUCAGCUCUUAGUAGUUUUUCAAUACAUGCAUGUGCCAGAUUACAUCAAGGCUCACUAUUAUUAUUAUUCCUCAUCAAUAUACCUCAUCUGGUAAAAUGCAGAUGAGCUCAAAAGUUUACAUCCCCUUGUUGAAUUGGUAAUAUAUGUACCAUUUUUAAAGAAAACAUGAGUGAGCGGGCAAAACACAUUUCUAGAUUUCUUAUGGGAUUCAUAUUCACAUGUAGGUUACAACAGAAUGGCACAAUCAUAAAACAAAACAUGGCAACAAAGAAAAAAAUUAAAUGCCCCCUGUUCAAAAGUCUGCAUCCCCUUAGAUCUUAAUACUGUGCAUUGCCCCAUUUAGCAUCAAUGACAGCGUGCAAUCUUUUGUAAUGGUUGUCUUUGAGGCCCCACAUUCUCGCCCAUUCGUCUUGGCAAAGUGCCUCCAGGUCAAGCCAAGUCUUUGGUGGUCUUACAUGAAUGGCACGUUUGAGAUCUCCCCAGAGUGGCUUGAUGAUAUUAAGGUCAGGAGACUGUGAUGGCCUCUCCAGAUCCUUCUUUCUGCCGUAACCACUGGAGGGUCAACUUGGCCUUGAGCUCAGGGUCAUUGGCGUGCUGGAAAGUCCAAGAGCGUCCCAUGCGCAGCUUUCGUGCAGAAGAAUGCAAACUGUCUGCCAGUAUUUUCUGAUAACAUGCAGCAUUCACCUUGCCAUCAAUUUUCACAAGAUUCCCCGUGCCUUUAGAGCCCCCCCCCCAAAACAUCAGUGAGGCACCACCAUGCUUCACAGUGGGGAUGGGAUUCUUUUCACUACAGGCCUUGUUGACCCCUCUCCAAACAUGGCGCUUAUGAUUGUGACCGGGUGGCGGAGGACGCAUCUCGUGUGCCAGAAGCAGAGCCAUGUCAAGCUGUUGUUGGGCAUAUUGUACCCGUUGGCGCAGUAAAGGCUUCUUUCUGGGAGCUCGACCAUGCAGCUCAUUUAUGUUCAAGUAUUGUCCUGUUGUGCUCCUGGAAACAACCACACCGUCUUUCUCCAGAGCAGCCUGUGUUUCUCCUGAGGUUACCUGUGGGGUUUAUCUUUGUAUCCCGAACAAAACUUCUGGCAGUCGUGGCUGAAAUCUUUCUUGGUCGUCCUGACCUUGGCUUGGUAUCAAGAGAUCCCACUUCUUAAUAAGCGAUUGAACAGUUCUGAAUGGCAUUUUCAAGCCUUCGGACCUUGUUACGCAACUGUCUUUUGACAGUUCUUUUCUGCUCCCCAUGGCUCCGAAUCUUGCCUGCUCAUUGACUGUUUAUACACGGACACUAAUUGCCAUUUAAAAAGCCACGGGUGUGGGAAAUGAACCUUUAAUUGCCAUUUAAACCUGUGUGUGUCACCUUGUGUGUCUCUAACAAGGUCAAUCAUUCAAGGGUGUGUAAACUUUUGAUCAGGGCCAUUUGGGUGAUUUCUGUUCUCAUUAUGAUUUAAAAAGGAGCCAAACAACUAUGUGAUAAUAAAUGGCUUCAUAUGAUCACUAUCCUUAAAUAAAUCCUUGCAUGAUCAGUCAUAUUUUCAAAAUCAAUGCCAGAGUGUGCAAACUUUUGAGCACAACUGUAUAUCUACUGUUUUUGAACACAAGAGUCCUGUGAGAACAGCCCCUAACCUUUGGGCAGCAGCAAAUGCGCUCCUGCGAGAGUUUCGCCAUCAUGAGCGUUACCAUCUAGACAUUCCCUGGAACAACCCCGCUGAACUUCUGGGAGAAUUGUGUCUGUUAUACUCAGGGAACAGGUGAACUGCACCUCCAGCCUCUGUUACGCUGUAUGUGUGCUUGUGUAUGAGGUGCCGAGACCCUGGAGAUAUUGUUCACUGGUCAUGUCUACUGAACACAAGCUGUCAUGUCAUCAAUCUGUCAAUAAACUCAUAGAAGUUCCUCCAUGUGUCUCAAACUGAUUUUAAUGAUAUGAGCUGUAGAGUGAGUUCCUUUGCCACCUUGGUGAACAUGAUCAUGACCCGUACACCCUUUCCUCACAGUUACGACAGAUUCACCCCACCUCUUCAGGGGCGUUCACACUGAGCUGCAGCGGCAAAUUGUUUUUCUAGAGAAUAAUUCGAUGCUUUUCGUUAAAUAAAAAAUUUGGCAUAUAGUGACAAUACUUUCCAGAGUCGAGAUGACCGUCACCUGAGUGGGUAGAUGACAUGAUGGUCCGAGGUUAGUUACAUUGAUAUCAUGAUAUCAUUAACUACUUUGAGUUGUUAUGAAAGCCAACGACUGCACAACUUGAGCCUGAACUUAAUUUUGCUCCAACUAACACUUAAAAUGGUUGUUCUGUGUAUCUCAGCGAGUAUUGCCGCUGACUUUCACACCUGGAGUCGUGAGUUUGAAUCCAGGGUGUGCUGAGUGACUCCAGAUGGGUCUCCUUAGCAACCAAAUUGGGCCGGUUGCUAGGGAGGGUAGAGUCACGUGGGGUAACCUCCUCAUGGUCACUAUAAUGUGGUUCUCGCUCUCGGUGGGGCGUGUGGUGAGUGACUCCAGUCAGGUCUCCUUAGCAACCAAAUUGGGCCGGUUGCUAGGGAGGGUAGAGUCACAUGGGGUAACCUCCUCAUGGUCACUAUAAUGUGCUUCUCGCUCUCGGUGGGGCGUGUGGUGAGUGACUCCAGUCAGGUCUCCUUAGCAACCAAAUUGGGCCGGUUGCUAGGGAGGGUAGAGUCACAUGGGGUAACCUCCUCAUGGUCACUAUAAUGUGGUUCUCGCUCUCGGUGGGGCGUGUGGUGAGUGACUCCAGUCAGGUCUCCUUAGCAACCAAAUUGGGCCGGUUGCUAGGGAGGGUAGAGUCACAUGGGGUAACCUCCUCAUGGUCACUAUAAUGUGGUUCUCGCUCUUGGUGGGGCGUGUGGUGAGUGACUCCAGUCAGGUCUCCUUAGCAACCAAAUUGGGCCGGUUGCUAGGGAGGGUUGAGCCACAUGGGGUAACCUCCUCAUGGUCACUAUAAUGUGGUUCUCGCUCUCGGUGGGGCGUGUGGUGAGUUGUACGUGGAUGCCACGGAGAAUAGCGUGAAGCCUCUCCACGGUAACGCACUCAACAAGUCACGUGAUAAGAUGCGCGGAUUGACAGUCUCAGACGCGGAGGCAACUGAGAUUCUGAGGACUUAGAGCGCAUUGGGAAUUGGCCGUUACAAAUUGGGGAGAAAAAAAUGGUUCUCCAUCUGGAUUGCGUGUUUCAUUAUUUCAUUAGUGGCAAUCAGAAUCAUCAGUGCCCAGUUGUUGCUUAUUUACAAUGGUCUGUUAAAAGCCCAGAGUUACUACAGUUGUUUAUUUAUUCCGGGAUCAAUUAAAGUUAAGCUCAAUUGACAUGCAUAAUGUUGAUUACAACACAAAUAAUUUUGACUUGUCCCUUUUCUUAAAAAAAGAAGCAAAAAUCUGUUACAGUGAGUCAUGUACAAUGGAAGUAAAUGGGGACAGUCCAUAAAUGUUCAAAUACUCUGUAAUCAAAAGUAUAGCCGCCAGAUUUAAACAAUAUGUGUGUUAACAUGAUUUUAGUACAAUAAAAUGCGUA